UCGCAACCUUGUCACUUGCACUUUGCUUCGUGCAGUUCGUGAUGGCGCCUUUAUAAACAACAAGGUUGUCGGCAUAUCCUUUAAAAUUUAUUUUUAUUUUUGUGAAUAGAAUAAUUUAAAUGAAAAAAUAGUAAAGAUGACGACUUCGGCGGACGUAGUCACGGGCAGAGUGCAGGCUUACUUAACACUACCUCUUGUCCAAAGAUGCAGGGAGUUGGCUUUGCUCAUCGAUGCUUUGAGUACAACAGAGUUACAACAUGUCUUUCCAGUUCUCAUAAAUUCCAUUUUUGGAAUAUCCGAUAACGUUGGGUGGGGUCUCCAUACCAUUAGCCUAAAGAAGUAUCCUCAGGAAUAUGAGGUACUUUGCAAUUUCCUUAGUCCUCAGGGACCAAUAUUCUCUCUGUGUUAUAAACUUCUUCCAGAUUGUUAUUUGAAAUAUAACUUUCCAGUAUCUUACCUGCCUUCUAAAAUUCGUCACAUGCUGGAAGAAGGGAUCAUUCCACCAUUCUAUUCAGAUAAACUCAGAGAAGAUCAUAGCAUUCGACUUCCAACAGUUUUAUCUAUGAAUCCUUUUGAGUACUACAUCUUUCAUUUUGCGUACCAUUUGACAAAUCCAUGGUUGCAAAUUCAGCAGCAAGAUAAUGUAUGGAUAAAUUGGGAAACAGUUUACGUUGAACUUGCAAACUGUUAUCUGUUUCACUUUUUACCAAGAGAUAAUUCACCGGUUUUACCUAUAAUUGGACCAUACGUUAAAAAAACACCUCCUAGAAAGUUGAUGCAAGCAACGGACACAAAAAGGUUACAAACGACACGUCUUUUGAGAACAACAAUCUUAUCACCCAAUUCAACUAGUCCUAAUACUGGAGUACCACAGCAACAAUGUUUACCUCAGGUUUGGCGAAGUGAAACCAUUGUUCAAGUUUUUCUUGAUUUUUGGCUGGAGUAUACAGAAGAAGAACAAUUUUCCCCAACUAGAAGUCCCCAAAUUACUGGAUCCAUACCACGAAGACAUAGUAUUCAUACUGGAGAACAUAUUCGCUUGGUUAGAACAUUCAUUAAAACUUUGCACGAAUUUGCGAAUAGUUCCAUUGGGGAUAGAAGUGCUAUGGAUGAAUUGAAAAGAGUUAUACUUCCAUCUGUUCAAGGAAAAAUUUACACUUUCUUAAGGAAAGCCAUACAUCAUUGGCCACUUGACAGUUCCUUUCGAUUAAUCUUGGAAGCUUGGUUAAGCUUUAUACAGCCUUGGAGAUAUGUACAAGGAGUAGUGUACACCAAACAAGAGAAAGCUGAAGAAGAAGAGAAAGGAAAAAUUCAUGAUCCAAACAGAUGGGUUUCGUUUGUUGCAAAUAACUUGUUAGCUUAUACAGCAAUAUUUCAUCAGUUGCUACCCCGAUUUAUGCGAACGGAUCUUGUUGCACCAAAAAAUGCGCACAUGUUAUUUAGAGUUACAAAGGUAUUUUCUCAACCUCAUUUAGCAAAAAUUUUAUUAGAAGUUGAAAGUUGCAUAGAUGAUGUUGCAUCGACGCGAAAUCGUACAACUAAUCAGUGGACCGGUACGGUUCGUCAACAAAUUGUUGAAUUAGAGGGUCCUUCUUAUCAAUACAUCCCUAUGUUUUCACAAGCCACGGUUUCCCAGAUAGUUUCCUUUCUGGGCACAAUAAAACAAGCGCAUUUGACCGCUACGAGCUUAGUCGAAGCGCUGGAGAAAAGGCGGACAGGUAGAAGGUUCUUAAUGUCGCUCUGGGAAUUCUUCAAUGGGGAGGAUACCUCAUCCGACGAUAUUAGUCUAGACGAGCGCAAGAGGGUCCCUGUGUUCCUUGCCAAUGCUCAGCAACAGCUCAUAGACAUUUUCCAGGUAGGCCAGGUGAACGUUGAAGAUCUCCCCCAAUCUACCAUCGUUGCAGACCAAGAAUACCAUGAGAGCAUACUGUCUACGUCGUUCUGCCAUCAGUCUCACAUGGACUCUAGCUUGGAUUCAACAAGACCAGGAGUUUAUGUUCCUAUACAAGAAGGCCGACAAAAUUGUCGCUACAUUGAAUACUUAGGCGAUCCUGAAUUGCAACCUGUUCGCAGCUACGAAAGUGCUUUUCUAGUCAGAUUAUUUUAUCAGCUGUGUGACUACGUGAAUACAAAGUACCAACACGAGCUGAUGGAGGCUUAUAGUAGACAGGACUUUUUGGGAAGAGUGACCAGGCAAAUUCUAAAACCGCCAACAAAAGUUGUAUAUUUACCGAAGCGGACGUCGAGUGGCUUUUCUUCUGGUUAUGAAAAACGCUUACCGCCGCACAUCAGUCUUCGUUCGAUUGCCAGCUACAAUUUCAUCAUCAGCAUCACUAUUGGAAUGUUCUUUUUCUGGCUUAUUGGAUAUGGAACUACCGCAUUCCUCGCUUUGUUAUUCUUCACUUGGAUGUUCUAUGUGCUGAUCAAGGCUAUUUGCGAACCCUGGAGCAACAGAGCCAACAUGAAUACAAGCAGUAUGAUUUCUGAGGCUUUUGAUGUUCAGUGAAAGUUGCAAACUAAAAACUAAACCUUCUUCUAGAUUUUGAAGACAUAAAGUGACUAAUACAAAGCUGUUUGCACAUUUGUGAUUGUAUAUGUUAUACAAUUUUUUUUUUAAAGAAUCGACUUAGAUGAAGAUAUUUUUGUAACAUGGAAACGAUGAACUAUAUCAACUUUGAAAGAAUAUUGUGAUUAUUUUAAAAAAUUUACGCUAUAAUUUUAUAGUACUUUUUUUAAAAUUCGAAGCAAACUAAAGCUGUAAUGAUGCAUUUAAUUUUACAUUAAUUGCAUUAAUUUUGGUGCUUUUUAUUUGAUUUAAGUGCAUAACGAGUUUUUUUGAUCGCCGACGAUACUAAAAAAUUGCAAAGUUUUCGUUUACGCUACAUCGUGAAAGUGAAAGUGGUUUUAAGACUAUGUAAUGUAUAAUAUAUAUAACAAGAUUUUUCGCAGAGUUUAUUUUUAAGACAAUAACAUUAUGUAAUAAGCAAUAACGCUUAAAUGUUUUUCAAAUAAAACUUCUUCCAAUCAUCGUUACUAAAAA